AUGUCUAGUCAAGCAUCGCCACUGAAUUUGUCAAAUUCAUUUAGUUGGCCUGCGUUGUCUGGUUCGAAAGUAAAGCAGACUCAUCCAGAAAAGUCAGAUAAAAUGGAACAUAAAAAGAAGAAUGGCACCAGAUUAACUAAUGAUCGUGGUUUAAAUACAAUAAAUGAAGUAUCCAAUGAGAAUUCAGCUGCAAGCUCUCGAAAGACUAGUCUAGCAAUAACUAAUGGCAAUGGUAACGACCAUGACAAAGGCACGAAUGAGUCAAAUUGGUGGUUCUGGAAUGGGAGGAUAAAGGAAGAGCAGCCAUUAUAUCCGAGUCUAGAUACAACGACGGCGAAUGAAGUAGAAACAGAAGUGCAAGCAGAAUGGGCAGCACCUUAUAAGAAGAUGAGUUCUGCAUUAAGUUACUACUAUAAUAAUAAACCAGCAUUUAAAUCUACUGAGGAUACAGGUGAGAACACACCUUUAAUUCUGAACGACGUUCAAUCUUCUAAAAAUCCAUAUGCAUUGCCUGAGAAUGAGUCUUACAAACAACUGUUUGCAAAAGAAUCAAACCAAGGUAUCAAGCAAAUUGACCAGGAGCAAAAUACACCAGCGGAGAGUACGCUUAGUAGUUGGUUUUCUUGGUUUGGUUUCGCAAACAAUAAUGAUGAUAGUGACGAAAGUCUCGAAGGUACAAGUAAUCCAGAGUUAUUCAAACAAGCUAAAUCGGCUAUUGAGAGCUCAAGGGAUUCUUCGCAUUAUGCCUUUAAGAAGUCGAUGACUAAUAAUGAUAUACAUGAUUUUGAAUUGGCUGUUAGUGACACGAAAACGGAAAAUCAACCAGUAAAACAUCGUUCAAAGAGAAGACCGUUGAUGCCAAACGAGACCCAGGAGAAGUCUUUAUCAUCUCCUUCAAACACGGCUACUGUAAAUGGAUCCCAGCUGCCCUUACAACAUCUACAAGUUAAUUCUUCAAGCUCAUCGAUAACUUCGUAUGAUCGACUGAAUAAUGGAGCUCAUGUACCUGAAAUUCAGAUUAUUGCUGAUCAUUGUUUAAUAGCUCCUCAUAUAGAUGAAACCUUCCGUACGAUAACAUUUGUUACAAAACUAAGGUUGAUGGGAGAGAAUCUUAUCUGCCAUAUGAAUCCAACAGAAAGCCAUAUAUAUAGCUUACCAUAUGCAAAGGUUCAAAAUAAGAAACAGAAAAUUAAAAAGGUGGUCAUUAUUGGGGUACAUAGUUUUUUGCCGAUUAAGAUGGUAAAAACAUUAAUAGGUCAAUCAACAGGAAGUUCAGUUAACAUUGUUGAAGAAGCCACUAAAGCUAUGGAAUCAUGGCUACAUGAGAAUGGAACUUCAAAUCUCGAUUACGAAAUUCAAACCAUUGCAUUGGAUGGAGAAGGUGUAAUUAAAGACAGAGUGGAUAAGCUAUUUAGACUAUUGGAUAACUGGAUUGAUAUUAUAACUGGGUGUGACUUUUUAUUUGUGGCUUCACAUUCACUGGGCACACCGGUGGCAAUUCAUUUAUUAGCAAAGUUAUUAGAACACUAUGCGCAUAUAGGGUCACACAAGAAAAUAGGACUAUUGAGCAUGUCUGGGAUAUAUUUGGGUCCAAUUGCAGGUUUGAAUUCGAAACUAGUCAUUAGAGCUUAUUCUUCUGUUGAAAAUCAAAUACUUAAUGAACUAUUCGAACUCCAGCGGCCAAAUAGCGAAAUGUCCCUCAGGCUAAUCGAAAGUAUGCAAACUUUAGUUCACCAUAAUGUCAAGCUAACAUUUUGUGGAUCCAUUGAUGACCAAUGGGUUCCUGUGUUCUCUUCUAUUGGCAUAAAUUUCAACCAUCCAAAUAUCUUUAAGUGCGUUUUCGUUGACAAGCAUUCCGAGAUCCCUAAGUUCAUAAUCUCGCUUCUAAAAAUCAUCCUAAUUAUGAAGAAUUUGGGCCAUUCCGAUCACAAUUUGCUCCAAAACCUUAGCGAAAGAUGCACGGGGACAUUGGCCGAAGGUGGCCACUGCAAAAUAUUCCAACACGAGAUAGUGUAUUUGACUGCAAUAAGACACUCUCUCGAAACUACCAGCUUGGUCCACCCUACAGAAUUACAUACUACUCCUACACAGAACUAUAAGCAGAAUCAAAAUAACCAAUUCCACAUACCAUGGAAUAUACGGGGCUUAUUAAACGAUUUAAUCAAAAUCAAAAAUGUCCCGACCCUUCAUUUGGUGAACACUCUCAUCAAGGAUUUCCAUGAAUGGGAGCCAACCCAAAAAAAAUGGAAAGAUUUAAAAUAUUGUUUCGAUGCAUUUGAAGAAAUUGAAUUGGGGGAUUUAUUUCUUUGA